ACAACCAAUCAAACCAUUGUAAAAUUUAGCCGACUUGUUUUCCGUCUGCAGUUGAAAAUCUCGUAAAUCGAGGUUGCUUUAAGUCAUAAUUAUUUACUCGCUCCCGGUUAAAGAAUUUCAACUGAAAGUACUUAGUGUAUGGGGAAUUUACAAUAAAGAAUAAUCGCCAACGAUAAAUAUGAGUUCUGAACAAGGAUCGUGGAGCAAUAUCGUUUUCCGAUGUGCAGUAGCAACUGGAGCUCAUCCCAUUGAUCUUACCAAGACACUGAUACAAUUAGGGCAUGAACCCUUGGCGCCAGUACCUACCAGGACAUUUUUUGGUAGACCUGCUCUCGGUCUUCCUAAUGUGUUCCAAUACAUUGGAUACAUAAAGAAACGAGAUGGAUUUUUCGGCCUCUACAGAGGACUUGGUCCUAAAAUGUGUGCAACCAUCAUUAAAGGCAUGGCAUUUCAGAAAGCCACUGAAUUAUUCAUAAUUCAUGUGGAAGGCAAAAAAGAAAAAAAAAGGGACCCAUUCACAGCUGAUGAUGAAGAAGAAGAGGAAGAAGUGGCGGCUGAUGAAACAUUCUCGACAUUCGCGUUGACUCUCUGUCGUAACGUUACUGCCACUACAGCAUCUAUUAUUGCCAGUCAACCUUUCCACGUUAUUGCCGUACGAACCAUGGCUCAAUUCGUCGGGGAAGAGCAAAAGUAUACUGGGGUCUUUGCAUCUGCAAAAGAAAUUUACCAUGAGAGUGGGAUUGCAGGAUUUUUCCAAGGAGUUACCCCUAGAAUUAUUGGAGAACUUUUGGCACUUGUGCUGGCUUCGUCCGCCAGCUUUACUGUCAGUACAUAUAUUCUCGGUGACCCGCGCUACAGAGCAACUCUUAAAACAACUUUCGGGUUUUUGUCAACGUCGCUGACGUAUCCGUUCCAUGUCAUGUCUGCUUGUAUGGCAGUAAACAAUUCUGGUUUGGCCGCUGGUCAACCCCCUCACAUGCCCAUCUACGUCAAUUGGACCGACUGCUGGUCGCAUUUGUCGCGCACCAAUCAAAUGAAACGAGGCUCGUCUAUCGUUUGGCGUUACUACACUGGAACAACUGCCGUUUUGCGGCCAAAUUAAGUUCCAGUCGGCUAGACUCUUGGAUACGGAGGUGAUUCUAAUCAGGAGGAUUUCAAUUAUUUGUUUUCUUUUCGAAUUUCGAAGUCGAAUAAGAGCAUAGGAUCAUUCAAGUAUGUUCAUUCACAAUCUCUUUUUUCUUUGUAGAUUUUGAUAAUUUCUUGAUAGAUUUGGGGUCUGGAAAACUUAUUUUCCUGUUCUUGAACUUUCCCGGUAGAAUGGUCAAUCAUAAUUUCUCACAUCAUGUUAGUUUCAAUAGUAGUAAACCAGAAGGAUCGCACAUGAAAAUUGUCCAAACAGUGAACUCCCUCGACAAACUGUGUGACCCGCUAACUCAUCUGCCGUCAUGAAAAUAAAAACCAAUUAGACCUUA